AGGGGUGUCCCCGCUCGGCCCCUCCCAUGUCCCCGCCCCGUCCCGCCGCUCUCGCGAGAUCGCGGAUGAUGGCGCGAGCCGGUGGCGGGAACCUGCCGUGGGUGGAGAAGUACCGGCCGCAGGCUCUGUCGGAGCUGGUGUCGCACCAGGAUAUCCUCAGCACCGUGCAGCGGUUCAUCAGUGAGGAUCGGCUCCCGCAUCUCCUCCUCUAUGGCCCCCCCGGUACCGGGAAGACCUCGACCAUCCUUGCCUGCGCCAGGCAGCUCUACCGGGAGCGGGAGUUCGGCUCCAUGGUGCUGGAGCUCAACGCCUCCGAUGACCGGGGUAUCGACAUUGUCCGAGGGCCCAUCCUGAGCUUCGCCAGCACCAGGACCAUCUUUAAGAAAGGCUUCAAGCUCGUCAUCCUGGAUGAAGCCGAUGCCAUGACCCAGGAUGCUCAGAACGCCCUGAGGCGAGUGAUCGAGAAGUUCACAGAAAACACCCGCUUUUGCCUCAUCUGCAACUACCUCUCCAAGAUCAUCCCGGCCCUGCAGUCCCGCUGCACGCGCUUCCGAUUCGGCCCCCUCACCCCGGAGCUGAUGGUGCCCCGGCUGCAGCACGUCAUUCAGGAGGAGGGGGUGGACGUGACUGAGGAUGGGAUGAAGGCUCUGGUGACCCUCUCAAGUGGUGACAUGCGCAGAGCCCUCAAUAUCUUGCAGAGCACCACUAUGGCCUUCGGGAAGGUGACAGAGGAGAACGUCUAUACCUGCACGGGACACCCCCUCGAGUCUGACAUCGCCAAUAUCCUCGACUGGAUGCUGAACCAGGACUUUUCCACCGCCUACCGCAAAAUCACAGAGCUGAAGACGUUGAAGGGCUUGGCCCUGCAGGACAUCCUCACUGAGAUCCACCUCUUCGUGCACAGGGUCGAUUUCCCACCCUCAAUCCGCAUCCAGCUGCUGAUCAAACUGGCGGACAUCGAGUACCGGCUGGCCGCGGGGACCAGUGAAAAGAUUCAGCUGAGCUCCCUCAUCGCGGCUUUCCAAGUCACCAGGGACCUGAUUGUGGCCGAAGCCUGAGUCUUGCUGGGUCAAUUCGUAUCGUGCCAGAUCUCACAGAUACAGGGAUCAUCAGUGCCAGGCCCGGAGUUGCUCCCUGCAGCUUUCAGUUUCCUUUUUGCAAGCCUGGAGCCCACAGCCUGGGUGCGAGAGCUGGGCAGUAUUGUAAGCUUCUCCCAGAAAUACAGAUGUCUCCAAAACCCA